AUGCAGCCAACUUUCUUUACUUGGCUCCGGACGCAGCCCAAGAGCCCAGAAGGGCGCCGGGUACGCAGAGACGCCCAGUGUCUGUUGAAAAGAGAAGAAAAUGGGAGUGACGGGGAAGGGGAGCCGUUCCUCCCGAGGCUGCGGCUCAGUGCAGAGCCCUGGGGUUCUCGGAGAGAGUCCGCGGUUAUUUCAAAGACCAGCCUGAGAAAACUCCAGUUCCCUGUGAGAUUUUAUUACCUGAGACAGAACCGUUGCUGGCUGGACUCAGUUCUUGAGUCGUCAUGUACAGGGUGGGUGCUACUUUCCAGGGCCCAGGCUGCAGACACGGAACUGGGUGUCAUGACCCCAUGGCUGCAAUGGGACCUGUCCUGGCAGCGGCCUGAGGUGACCGUCAUCCUUCUGAGGGCCCAGCGGUGCACAGAGAAGAAGGCCUGCCCCCCGGGGCGGAAGGCCCAAGUGUUGGACGAAAACCUUGUCUUCUACGAGGAGUGGGAGCUGGAGGCUUGUGUGGACGGAGCCCUGCUGGCCGCUCAGAUGGACCAGGUGAACCUGGUGCCCUUCACCUACCAGCAGCUGCACAUUUUCAAGCGCAAAUUGGAUGAGGGGUACCCUGAGUCCCUGAUCCAGCACCUGAGGUACUUCUUCCUUUGGGUGACCCCCGAGGACAUCCACAAGUGGAAUGUGACUUCCCUGGAGACCGUGAAAUCUCUGCUCAAAGUGGCCGCCCUCAUUGCCCGCUAUGUAGGGGGAGGGGGCCAGCUGGACAAGGCCACACUGGACACCCUGGACACCUUCCCCGCUACCUACCUGUGCCUCCUCAGCCCUGAGCAGCUGGGCUUCAUGCAGCUCAACGUUGUUUGGGCGACCAGGCCCCAGGACCUGGACACAUGCAGCCCAUGGCAGAUGGCUGUCCUCUACCCCAAGGCCCGCAUCGCCUUCCAGAACAUGAGCGGGUCUGAAUACUUCACAAGGAUCAAGCCCUACCUGGAGGACUCCUCCGGAGGCCCUCACCUCCUCAGACUAGGACCUGGACCUGUGCUCACUGUGACCCCAAGUCGGCUCCUGGCCUUGAUCCUGAACUGACCCCACUGCUAUGCUCUGGGAACUGGGCCCUGCCAUGGAGACACCACCUGGCUGGGAGUAGGCCUGGGUGGUCUCUGUCUGACCCCGAGGGCACCAGAGCUCAAUAAAAGAAGCCCCAUCCCCCCUCGAAGAGGUGCCCUGUGGUGUUCUGAGAAUUGGGUGGGAGGGCCCUGAUGGCUGUGGCCCAGUUGACAGGGUUCCCUGGGUUUCAACCCUCCUCUUUGCACUUGGAAAGGGGAGGGACUCCAGGCAGGGGGGCCCUCAGGGCCUUCCUGAUGCUGUUUCCAUUGUUGGGUCUCCCCCCAGGCCAGGCCAACACUCAGGGUGGCUUCUGGUGACACUGCUGCCCCAGGAGAUGGCAGGCUGGAGUCCUGAUCCUAGU